GGUUCGAGGAGAUCUCUCUUGGAGCUGGAGAGGAGAGGUCGGCCGUCUCUCUCCUCCAGCAGCCGCCGGGCUUCUCUCUGCAGCCUCCCGCCGCUUCAUCAUGGAUCUGGGGACUAAAAGAGUCGCUGGGAUUAUCGCUCGGGUCGCGCUGCUUCUCUCCUGCUCGUACGGGACAACCGGAGAAGAGGCGUGUGACAGCCCGCUGGUGUCCAAUCUGCCGCCGUCGUCCUUCAGAAGCUCCUCCCAGCUGUCCAGCAGCCAUGCGCCGGGCUUCGCCAAACUCAACAGGAGAGAAGGAGCUGGAGGUUGGUCCCCCCUCACCUCAGACAGGUACCAGUGGUUGGAGGUCGACCUGGGCGAGAGGACCAGGAUCACCGCUGUCGCUACCCAGGGCCGCUACGGCAGCUCUGAUUGGCAGACAUCGUACCUGCUGAUGUUCAGCGACACGGGACACAACUGGAAACAGUACAGACAGGAGGACAGUAGAGGGUUUUUUCCAGGUAACAGUAAUGCAGACAGCGUGGUUCAGUACAAACUGCAGCAGCCGGCGAUCGCUCGCUUCCUCCGCCUCAUCCCUCUGGACUGGAACCCCAGCGGGCGGAUCGGACUCCGGCUGGAGACCUACGGAUGUCCUUACACCUCUGAUGUGGUGAGUUUUGACGGCGGCAGCAGCGGUCUGGUGUUCAGGUUCAGUCCUGGCCUGAGGAGGACGUCCAGAGAAGUCGUCUCUCUGAAGUUUAAAACUGUGAGGAAUGCUGGGACGUUACUGCACGCAGAGGGAGAGGGAGGACUCAGCCUCAGCCUGGAGUUAGAGAGAGGAAAGCUACAGCUGCUGUUCAGACAAGGUGGGACUUCACCCUCUGAGCCUCGGCGUCUCGCCUCCCUGGGCAGUUUAUUAGAUGAUCAACACUGGCACCAUGUUGUACUGGAGAGGCGCAGCUCUCACCUCAACCUCACUGUGGACAAACACACUGAGAGGGUUCAAAUCCCUGCAGAGUUCAACCACUGGGACAUCAAACAGCUGGGUUUAGGGGCAGUUCAGAGCCUCUGGUCUCAGAAACCGGUCAUCUCAAAGAGGAGUUUCCAUGGCUGCCUGGAGAACCUGCUCUACAAUGGCCUCAACUUGUUAGAAAGAGCCAAACACAACGACCAGCAAGUUACUCUGAUGGGCAAUGUCACCUUUUCUUGUACUGAGCCAGUUUCCGUCGCCGUGACAUUUCACGGUCCCCAGAGCUUCCUCCAGUUGCCGGGGGCGGCGGCGUCUUCUUCAGGAGGCGUGGCCGUGGGAUUGCAGUUGAGGACGUGGAACAAGGCGGGGCUGCUGCUGACCUUUGACCUCCCUCAGCAUGGGGGAGUAGUCUGGCUGUACCUGAGUGAGGCCAGACUCCGGCUGCAGAUCCACAAGGCUGGGAGGGUGCUGCUGGAGCUCAGUGCAGGUUCAGCUCUAAAUGAUGGUCAGUGGCAUUCAGUGGAGUUGAACUCCAGAGGAGGACGUCUGACCAUCGCUGUGGAUAAAGGGGAGGGAGGCAGCGCUCACGCCAGCCCCUCAUUUCCUGUCGCCAUAGAAAGUGACCUCUUCUUUGGGGGUUGUCCUGCUGAAGGCGACAGUCAGGGAUGCAGAAACCCCUUUAACGUUUUCCAGGGCUGCAUGCGUCUCUUAACUGUGGAAAACCAGAAUGUGGACCUAAUCAUGGUGCAGCAAAAGCAGCUGGGAAACUACAGCAACCUGCAGAUUGACAUGUGUGGAAUCAUCGACAGGUGUUCUCCCAGUCGUUGCGAACAUGGCGGUCGCUGCAGUCAGUCCUGGACCGUCUUCCACUGCAACUGCUCCGACAGCGGCUACAGCGGCGCCACCUGCCACAGCUCUGUGUACCAACAGUCCUGCGAGGCGUACAAACACAACGGCAACACGUCGGGACAUUUUUACAUCGACGUGGACGGCAGCGGACCAAUCAAACCACAGCUGGUCUACUGCAACAUGACAGAGGAGAACACGUGGAUGGUGAUCCAGCACAACAACACAGACCUGACCAGAGUCCGACCGUCUCCAGGUGUGAACCAGCAUUUGGUUCACUUUGCCUACUCGACUGAAGAGCAGCAGCUGUCGGCAGCUAUUAGCCAAUCAGAGCACUGCGAACAGGAGCUGUUCUACCACUGCAGGAAGUCCCGCCUCCUCAACACUCCAGAGGGCACUCCGUUCAGCUGGUGGCUCGGUGGUCCCGGCUCCGGUCGUAUCCAGACCUACUGGGGCGGAGCUCAGCCGGGCAGCCAGCAGUGUGCCUGCGGCCUGCAGGGCGACUGUGUGGACCCACAGCACUACUGCAACUGUGACGCCGACCGCACAGAGUGGGCUGAAGACUCAGGCCUGCUUGUCCACAAGGAGAGCCUCCCAGUCAGGUCUCUGGUGCUGGGUGACAUCCAGAGGCCGGGGUCAGAGGCCGCCUACAGGGUGGGACCGCUCCGUUGUCAUGGAGACAAGAACUUCUGGAACGCUGCGUUUUUCGACAAGGAGACGUCUUACCUUCAUUUUCCCACCUUCCACGGGGAGCUGAGCGCUGAUAUCUCCUUCCUGUUUAAAACCACAGCGUCCUCCGGUGUGUUCCUGGAAAACCUGGGUAUCAAAGAUUUCAUCCGCAUCGAACUGAGCUCCUCCACCCAGGUGCUUUUCUCCUUCGACGUGGGUAACGGCCCGCUGGAGGUUCGUGUGGAUUCGAGCAUCCCGCUGAACGACAACCGGUGGCACAGAGUCCGAGCCGAGCGCAACGUCAAGGAGGCGUCGCUUCGGUUGGAUGAGCUCCCCGCCGCCACGCAGGAGGCUCCUGCUGACGGACACUUCCACCUGCAGCUCAACAGCCAGCUGUUCAUAGGAGGCACAGCUUCCAGGCAGAAGGGUUUCCGGGGCUGCAUUCGCUCUCUGCAGCUGAACGGCGUCACCCUGGACCUGGAGGAGAGGGCGAAGAUCACACCCGGGGUCCGACCCGGCUGCCCGGGUCACUGCAGCAGCUACGGCUCGCUCUGCCAGAACCAGGGCCGCUGUGUGGAGAGAGCCAACGGCUUCCAGUGCGACUGUGGCCUGUCAGCCUACACCGGAGUCUUCUGCCAUACAGAGGUGUCGGCCAUCUUUAAGUCAGGGACGUCCGUCAGCUACACCUUCAAGGAGCCGUACGAGUUAAUCAGGAACAGCAGCACGCUGCCGUCCUCCAUCUACUCUGACAUGACGCUGAGAGGAGAGAACGUCUCCCUGAGCUUCAGGACGAACCAGAGUCCGGCUCUGCUGCUCUACAUCAGCUCCUACUACAGAGAGUACCUGGCCCUGCUCAUCAACAAGCACGAUAAGCUGGAGGUGAGGUACAAGCUGGACAGCAGCAGAGAUGCAGAAGUGUUGAGGAGCAGAGUGAGGAGUCUGGCCAACGGACAACUGCACACUGUUAGCAUCAGGAGACUGACGGACUCUGUGUCUGUGCAGAUCGACCAAAAUCCAAGAGAAGACUUCAACCUGACGUCUGACGGAGAAUUCAACGCCAUCAAGUCUCUGGUGUUGGGCAGGGUGCAGGAGUCUGAUGAGUUGGAUCCAGACCUGGCCCGGCUGGCAGCUCUGGGUUUCACUGGCUGUCUGUCAGUGGUCCACUUUAACUCCAUCAGCCCUCUGAAAGCUGCUCUGCUCCACCCGGACACCAGCCCCGUCGUCAUCACCGGACCUUUAGUCCAGUCCAACUGCGGCUCCCCGGCUUCGGCCAAUCCCUACGCAGCGGAGAACACACACCACCUGUCAGACCAGUCUGGUUCAGUGGGUUCAGGUCAACCUUUAGUCAAUGCCAUCAGGACCGACUCGGCUCUGAUUGGAGGUGUGAUCGCAGUGGUGAUCUUCGUGCUUGUGACUGGCCUGGCGAUAACCGCCAGAUUCCUGUACCGCAGAAAAGAGACGUAUCGGAAUCAGGAUGUGAAGGGAGUCAAACAGGAGGACAGCCCAGAUUUUCCUUUCAACAACCAGACUGACUCCCAGACCGUCUCCAGUGAAAACCGAAAGGAGUAUUUUAUUUAAACUGGAGGUUUGACAACCAGGUGAACUGGUGGGGGGAGCUGAGGGUGCAGACCGGAGACUUUACUCUGCACUCACACUUCACCUACAGAAGUGACUCUACAGCAUGUGGAGGCAAAAAAAAGAAAAAGAAAAAAAAAAAAAAGAACAAUUCACACAGUGUUGUCUUUCUGUUGCUUCUCUGUAAAUUGUGAAUACAGAUACAAACAGGCAACAGUGUUGGACUUUAAGGUGUUGAUAUCCUCGUUUCAGCUGUACAUAUUCAAAAAUGUAAAUGUUGAAUUAAUGUCUUUGUAGCGACCGCUGGCUAACGUCACUUUGUCAUAUUGAAAUGUUGAAAAUAAUGAAGGUAUCAGUAUUUUUAUGGUGUAUGUGUAGGGAAAACGUGAAGCUACACCCUCUUGUGGUUGGGGUUUGAGAUGGUUAUAUGUAGAGAGACUUCAAAUUGGCAGGUUGUUGCUUUAUUAUUUCACCUGGAAGGUUUAUCCUACCUUUUACAUGGUCACUUACUAACCCUCCAUCUUCAACUUCCAGUAAUGUUUAAUUUAACCCCUCUGAGGGUUUGAGCAGGAAAAAUAACUUCAGUAAAAUCUCAAAAAUCUCAUUGAUUUACAAGGCUUGAAAAGAGUUCUCCAAUUCAACAUUGCACUCCUAUGUGUUAAGCUGCUAGCAGCUAAUGUAGCCUGGAGCCACUAACUUCAAUCACAGCUUAAAAGUCUAGGAGGUCACUUCUCUCUAACCUCACACCCUCAGACUGUUCAUUUCCAAACUUGUUUUCAGUGACACACACAGCUUACACAACUAUUUCCACAUAUACAGUAAGUGUUCUCCAAACUCUGAAAAUGAAAUUAGUGAAAUUCCCCUUAAAAAAAAAAAAUCCAUGGGUGUGUUUUAACACUACAUAUCCCACAAUCCCGAGGGCAGCAAACUCUCCCUGAGCAGCUUCUUUGUCAUAAAUACCACAGGAGAAACUGGUGUAUUUGUUUACAGCCGAACAACCUCAUAUUGUAGGUAAACAGCAGCAGGCAGUUUGAAUCCAGGGUGAAGACGACAGAAUGAAAACAGGGUCAAUAUACUUUUUAAAAUUUGUCUGGGAACAAUCGAGGUGAGACGUCAGAGGAAGUCUGAAAGCUGUGACAUAACCUUCACCCCCACAGUUCAACUAAAUGUUUCAGAACUGCAGAUACCUGAAGUGAUAUCAGGUUGACUAAAGCAUGUCAGAGUUGCCUCUUAUGUAUCGUAGCCUGAAUUCAAGCCGUUUUUUUCCUUGUUGAAACUGAGACUUCUCACCAUCGCUGUGGUUCAUGUGAUUCAAACAGUUUUGUUCGAGUAAAGCGAGGAGCCUGGUGUGUAGCCUGGAUUCAUUUGUAAGAAGUUUUGUUUGUGUGCGACUGUGAAUGUUUCCUGAGAUACCACAUCCAUUAAUCUCGAUUAUUUCUAGACUUCUACCACGUGUGGUUUGCUCAGAAACCAUUACAUCCAGUUCACUUUGCUGUUUCUUUCUACCCCCACUUGAAAGUUUUCUCCUCCCCUGCUGCAUGCUGGGAGCCUCCUCUCCCGUCUCUCUUAAGUGUAAAGCUUUUAACGCUUGACAGCAGCACAUGCUCUGUAACGCCGCGGCUGCCGUCACCUUGUUCGCUGCACGCCGAGACAUUAAUGUGUGUGUUUGAAAUGCUAAUCAGCCUCUGUCUGACAGGUGGAUUGUGACUCGAUAGAAAGCGGUGAGAUGAUCAGACUGAGAGAGAUAAUCCGCGAGACACGGCGCGUCAGGCAGACAUGUAAUGAUAACACAUCCUGAUAUUAACACUGAAAAUGAAGCAAAUCCCUCCAUGUGUUAAUUCAGCUCAUGUGUAAAGAGUGCUGCUGAUAGAGUGAAGCCGAGAAGCAGAGAGAGGAUCGACAGCAGCUGUUUAUCAAAUAUACACCACCGUCUCUCAGCGAGGCCGCAAAUCACAGAUGGGAUUUUAAUGAGAAAAGUUGCUAAAACUUCAAAGUGCAUCUUUAAACUUUCACUGUUUUUUUUUUUUUCACCCCACAAGAAGAAGUUGGUUGCCGCCAUUGUUCUCAGCUGUUUCUUUUAUUUGAUAGUGCUCACCGCUGUGCAGCUGCUGCUGCUGCUCACUCCCGACACACUGAGUAAAACUAAACAAGUAACCUCUCCACACAGAUGGGUCAACAACUUUCUACCCUACAUUAAUCUCCUGCUUGAUCCAGUGAGGAAAAGCAUCUGUGGGUGUCGUUUUCAGCCAUUCUGGCCCCAGGGAUGAUAAUCUGUCCACCAUUUUGGUCCCGACUGAAACAUCCCGACAGCUAACGUAAUGCUCAGAUGGUGAAUCCGUAAGAAUUUGAUGAUCCACUGACUCUUCCUCUGACUGAGGACAGAUAUAUUGAUCUCAUCUCUGGUUCUAUCAGGUGUUAGAUGACAGAAAAUCUGUGCGCUGUUUAAAUUUCCAGAAUCAAGAUUUUGUUGAUUUCAUCUCCAUCAAGAUUUCUUUUCUCUCAGUUCUCAGUGUAGCUAUAAUAAUAAUGUGAUGGUUCAUAGUACUGGUGAUUGGUGAGUAACAGUGACGUUGGUGAGUUGAGUGACACAGCAUAAAAAAAUAAAAAAUAAAACUAUAUCCAGAAGAUUUUAACCAUAUUCUGGUUGUUUGGUUACAGACAAAAUCCUGUUUGAUGAAAAUAAAAAAAUGUUUUUUCAGA